AUGCAUAUUCUCGUAGUAAACGACGACGGACCUCCCUCCAACCAAUCUUCUCCCUACGUCCACUCCCUCGUCAAAUCGCUUCAGGAAGCCGGUCACGUCGUCUCCGUCGUCCUGCCACACACACAGCGGUCCUGGAUCGGAAAAGCGCACAUCAUUGGCCAGACAGUUAAGCCAACCUACUUCCGCCCAGGAACUCUACACAAAGACGAUGGCACUACACAUUCACGGCCCUUGCCAGCGGGUUCAAAGGAGGAGGAAGAAUGGGUUCUCGUUGAUGGUACACCAGCGUCCUGCGUACAGAUUGGUCUGUACCAUUUCUUCCAGGAUCGUGGUCCAAUAGAUCUUGUAGUCAGUGGACCGAACUAUGGCAGGAAUAGUACAGCGGUAUUCAGCCUGUCCAGCGGGACGCUGGGUGGUGCGUUGGAAGCUGCGGUCUGUAAGAGGAGAGCGAUUGCUCUGUCAUAUGCAUUCUUCUCGAGGAAUCAUGAUCCAGAGAUCAUUGCUGGGGCCUCGAAGUUAUCAGUUAAGCUGAUCGACUACUUGUAUAAGAAUUGGGGGGAGGGCGUUGAUCUUUAUAGUGUCAAUGUUCCGCUAGUUGAGGGUGUGGAAGACAAUAAGAUCAUGUGGACAGAUAUGCUGCAGAAUUAUUGGGCAGAGGGCAGUUGUUUCCAGGAAGUUGUAGACGAGGAGGGAGAUGCGGAUGAAGAGGAACAGAAGAUCAGAGAACGUGAGGGACAGGGAGAGGAUGCUGCGAACGGAGAGAGCCAGAAGAUUACACGACAUAAGCAUAAGCAUUUCAAAUGGGCGCCUCGCUUCACAGAUGUUUACAAAAGUGUGGAGGACGCUCCUCCAGGGAACGACGGUUGGGCUGUUAAGGAGGGAUAUACGAGCGUCACGCCUUUGAAGGCCAAUUUUAUGCAUGCUGCGGCGCAGACGCAGGGGGAGUUGAAGCUACCAUCUAAACUUCCAGAUGUAAAACCACUCUCACUGAAUGAGCCACAAACAUCUCAAUCAUUCACAUCUAAAAAUCAUUUCUACGCUCUCAUCAACUACGAAGACGCUUACGUUCAACCACUUAUUCUGGAAGCUCUCAUAUCUCGCCUCGACCCCGCCUCAUACACCCUAAUAUCAAGCCUCUCCGAACUCCCCGACUCCUCCACGCCAUUCCUUCAAAUCAGCUCCUACGAAACCCUCCCCUUCGAACACGUCCUCUCACACCCGACCACAUCCUUCAUAAACGCCUACAUAAUCCGCAAAGCACUGAUCCGGAAACACUAUCUGAGCACCACAGCCUACAAUUGGACGACCAAGAACCCAUUGUCUAUCCUUGCAACGAAUGUCAAGCCAGCAUGCGAAUUUGAGGUCGAUUACGCAGAGUUCCUGGAUGAUGCGUUGGUGGAGGCGUGGGAACUGCAGGAGAGUUGGAGAAAAGGAGAAGGGUUGAGUAAGGAGGAGAGAGAAUGGUGGAUUUUGAAGCCUGGAAUGAGCGAUAGAGGACAGGGUAUCAGAUUGUUUAGCAGUGAGGAGGAGUUACAAGGAAUUUUCGAUGAGUGGGAGGCUGAGCGACCAGACUCAGAUGAUGAGGAUGAGGGUGAGGACGACGAAGGCACUGCGGACAAAGCUACUGAAGCAAAGGAAGACGCAGAAGGAGACUUCAUAGUGACUUCUCACCUCCGCCACUUCAUUGCUCAACCAUACAUUCAUCCACCACUCCUCCUCCCAGGUAACCCUCGCAAGUUUCACAUCAGGACUUACGUCCUUGCAAUCGGCUCCCUGAAAGUCUACGUCUACAAGCAAAUGCUCGCUCUCUUCGCCGCAACACCAUACGUUCCUCCCUGGUCCAGCAAAUCAGACGACGCUGCAUCCACUGACUUGUCUCCACAUCUGACAAACACAUGUUUACAAGAUGGUGCUCACGACGGCUCAGUCCUCUCCUUCUUUUCCAUCCCCCAGUCUCAACUACCCCUAAGCAAGAGAGAAGACAUCUUCAAGCAGAUCUGCGACACUACAGGUGAGAUCUUCGAAGCAGCAGCGAGAGGUAUGAAUGUGCAUUUCCAGACGUUACCGAACGCAUUUGAGGUCUUCGGGUUGGAUUUCCUUGUGGAUGAGAUGGGUACGGCGUGGUUGUUGGAGUGUAAUGCUUUUCCAGAUUUCAAGCAGACGGGGGAUGAGUUGAGGGGGUUGAUUGGUGGAUUAUGGAAGGGUGUGGUAGAUGUUGCGGUGGGAGAGUUUUUUGGUGUUGUUGGGAAGGGACAGAAAGGAAAGGAGAUGGUGCUUGUUAGGGAUGUUGAUUUGGGGAGGAGGUAG